UCGAUUCAGAGUUUCUGCGACAAGAAUGCACGCCUGUCCUAUCCUUCGGAACUUACGGAAACGUCCACGAUUUCGGUGGGCAAACAGUUGUUCGAUCACAGGAUGCACCACUUAUCGACUGACGAUGGCGACUGUCCAUGCUCGCGCUUAUCAUAGCGAACACGGUGUGUACGGAUACAGGCCGCGGGCGCCGCGACAAUUUCAAGUGCCGAAAGAAUAUCUGGUAACGCGAUCAAAGAACAGCAAUUUCUACAGACUGGUCGCUGCGUACAGAGAAUUUGGUCAUAAACAAGCCAACAUAGAUCCUGUCUCUCCGAACAAGCCAAUUCCGCUCGUAGAAUUGAAUCCAGACAGAUUUGGAUUACGUUUGACGGACAGAGUGUCCUUCGAUGGGAUCUUAACGACGAAUAAGAAGGAAGGAACGGUGGAGGAGGCCUUGGCAUUCCUAAUUAGGACCUACAGCGAUACCAUAGGUCUCGAGUUUAGCCAUCUAGAGACCGAAGAGGAGAGAGAAUGGUUCGCGCAUACCGCGGAGAAGCGCGUGGCCGAACCCCUCGCGGAUCGGACGAGGGUGGCCAUCGCGAAGCAGAUGCUAAGGAGCCAAACUUUCGACAACUUCCUGGCCAUAAAGUUCGUCAGCCUCAAAAGAUACGGUGGCGAAGGAGCCGAGGCUAUGAUGGCGUUCUUCCAUGAAUUUUUCAAACUGUGCGCAGACGACGACUUGGCGUACAUUGUCCUCUGCACGGCGCACCGUGGUCGACUGAACUUGCUCACCGGUAUGCUAAACCUUCCGCCGGAGAAAUUGUUUCGAAAGCUCCGGGGACUAUCCGAGUUUCCGGGUGAUGCGAAAACGACCGGCGACGUGAUCAGUCAUCUGGUGUCCUCCACCGAUCUCGAUAUCGACGGGAAAAACCUGCACGUGUCGAUGCUGAGGAAUCCUUCCCACUUGGAGGUGGUGAAUCCGGUUUCUAUGGGGAAAACCCGAGGAGUGAUGCAGGCUGUCGGCGAAGGGGCUUACGGCGAAGACGAGAACGCCUGGUGGAGCGACAAAGUGUUGAACAUUCAGGUUCACGGGGACGCCGCUUACGCUGGCCAAGGCGUGAACCAGGAAUGCUUAGCUUUGUCCCAGGCUCCGCACUUCGAAAUAGGCGGGACGAUCCACUUGAUCGUGAACAAUCAACUGGGAUUCACCACGCCGGCCUCGCGAGGCAGAUCUUCGCGAUACUGCUCGGACCUGGCGAAAAUGAUCUCCGUCCCGGUGAUCCACGUCAACGGAGACGAUCCUGAGAUGGUCGUCCGAGCGACUAGACUCGCCUUCGAGUACCAAAGAACGUUCAGGAAAGACGUCUUCGUGGACUUGAAUUGCUUCAGAAGAUGGGGCCACAACGAACUGGACGAUCCAACGUUCACAAAUCCUGUUUUGUAUAAAAUGAUACAGAGCCGUUCAUCGGUACCGGAUCGAUACUUAGAUAAACUGGUAAAGUCUAACAUUUUUACCCUGGAGGAAGCCAAGCACGACAACGACGGUCACAUCGCUCGGUUGAACCAAGCGCUGAAAAAGGUGGAUGCUUACGUCCCGGAACCCGCAUACUUUGCAGGUUUGUGGAAGGGAAUGAGCCAAGCCGAAGCAAGCGUGACUCAGUGGGAUACAGGCGUCGACCUGGCUCUGCUGAGAUUCAUCGCCGAAAAGAGCGUUCGCGUCGACGAUAAUACGACCAUCCAUCCGCAAUUAGCGAAGAGCCACGUCCGAGCCAGGCUGAAAAAGACGAUCAACGACCAGCAAGGCCGACUGGACUGGGCUACCGGCGAGGCACUGGCUAUCGGAAGCCUAUUGUACCAAGGCUAUAACGUCAGAAUAAGCGGGCAAGAUGUGGGCCGUGGAACGUUUUCCCAUAGACACGCCAUGUUCGUAGAUCAGACAACCGGAGACGUACAGAUCGCUCUAAACUCGAUGAUAGAGGGUCAAACAGGAAAGUUGGAAUUGGCUAACAGCAUUCUGUCGGAAGAAGCGGCUUUGGGUUACGAGUACGGGAUGAGUAUAGCUCUGCCGACAACCUUGGCCGUCUGGGAAGCACAGUUUGGUGAUUUCUUCAACGGAGCGCAAAUCGUAAUCGACACCUUUGUGACUAGUGGCGAAGCGAAAUGGAUGUUAAGCAGCGGGCUGACCGUUCUUCUACCGCACGGCUAUGACGGCGCUGGCCCCGAACACAGCUCCUGCAGAAUAGAAAGGUUUUUACAGUUGACGGAUAGCAACGAGGACAAACCGGAUGGAGAUGACGUGAACAUGCAUGUAGUGAACCCUACAACCCCGGCGCAAUACUUUCACUUACUGAGGAGACAAAUGCUAAGGAAUUUCCGGAAACCUUUGAUCGUUGUGGCUCCAAAAAUAUUGUUACGUCACAAUGCUGCAACGUCGUUGUUACAAGACAUGGGUCCACGAACUAGAUUUACAAAUGUUAUAGGGGACGAGAAAGCGGCGGUGGCGAACGUGGACAAAAUCAUUCUGGUGAGUGGAAAACAUUUCUACGCUCUCGACGAUUAUAGAAACACCGCGGGACAGAGUAAUGUAGCCAUCGUUAGAUUGGAGACUUUAUGUCCCUUUCCGGUUCAUGAAUUAUUACAAGAGCUCGAUAGAUACAAAAACGCGAGAACGUUCAUAUGGAGCCAAGAAGAGCCACGAAAUAUGGGACCAUGGAACUUUGUGAAACCCCGUUUUGAAAAUUUAUGCGGUAGACGUUUACAAUAUUGUGGUCGCAGAACUAUGGCUGCCCCAGCUGCCGGCGAUGGACAGGUGCAUCAACAAGAAACUCAGGAAGUUAUUACCAAGCCUUUUACAAUGACAUGAUCCAAUUACGUUCAACGUACAUUUCGGAGUAUUACCGUGUUCCAUUUUAUCUGUACAUGCGAUUCAAUUAUCAUGAUCGCAUUAAAAAAAUAAAUUACAUGUCAAAAUAUACAUUAGAAAAUUA